AUGCUCGGCGUCUACAACAAGUUCGAGAACCGCAUCAUGCAUCUGGCCUACAGGAACCUGCAGAACAAGAUGAAUUUGAUAUUUGACGGCGCGGCCGACAAGACGAUCCACCUCAAGCAGCAAGUCCCCGGACUAAAACAAGUGCUCGAGAAGAAGGAGGGACUGUUCCGCAUGAACAUGAUGGGCAAACGAGUCAACUAUGCUUGCCGCUCCGUGAUCACGCCGGAUCCGUACUUGGACGUCGAUGAAGUGGGAAUUCCGGAGGUGUUUGCGAAGAAGCUCACCUUCGUCGAGCCGGUCCACUACUGGAAUCAGCAACGGAUGCAAGACGCCGUGAUGAAUGGGCCGGCAAAGUACCCGGGAGCCAACAGUCUCAUCAACGCCAAUCGGAACAGGAUCGUCCUGUCUGCCGACAAGGAGCUCGAACGAUUCUCGCAAUCGCGACGGCUGCAGAUCACGAGCACGUCCGAGUUGAAGAUGCCGUGCAAGGUGUACCGCCACGUGCUCAAGGGCGACAAUUUCGUCAUGAAUCGACAGCCCUCCUUGCACAAGCCGUCAAUGAUGGGCCACAGGGCUCGGAUCUUGCCGUAUCAAAAAGCGUUGCGGCUCAAUUAUGCGCCUUGCAAAGCCUAUAACGCCGAUUUCGACGGUGACGAGAUGAAUGGACAUCUGGCGCAAUCCUACCAAGCCCAGUCCGAGGUGGCCAAUAUAGUAAAUGUCGGCAGCAACUUCUUGGUGCCCAAAGACGCUUCUCCGCUGCUUGGCCUCAUCCAGGACCAUGUCGUUUCCGGUGUCCUUCUGACGCUAAGGGGACGCAUGCUGAAUCGUGAAGACUUCAUGCACCUCGUGUUGGCCGCCUUUUCUGAAAACACCCAGCGACUCACCAUCCCGCCGCCAUGCAUGAUCAAGCCCCAGCGUCUAUGGUCUGGCAAGCAGGUAAUCUCUGCGAUCAUCAUCAAUUGUAUCCCAGCGGACAAGCCGAAAAUCAACCUGGAGGGGAAGGCGAAGACGUCAGUGAAAUGCUGGAAGGCCCGUGGCUUCGACGCGCCCAGCUUCAGCAUGUCCGAGAGUGAGGUGGUGUUCCGCGAGGGCGAGCUGCUCUGCGGUGUGCUGGACAAGAAUCACUUUGGCGCUUCGGCGUACGGCCUGACGCACUGCUGCUUCGAGCUAUACGGGCACAAGGUCGGCAUCCAGGUGCUCUCCUGCCUCUCCCGGCUCUUCACCACGUACCUGCAGUUCCACGGCUUCACCCUUGGCGUGGCUGAUAUCCUUUGCUUGCCCGAAGCCGAUCGCAAGCGGAAGAAGGCGGUCAAAGCGUCGCGGAAAGUCGGAGAUGCGGCUGUCAUCGCCACAUUCAACCUGGCUCCCGACGCCAGCAAGGAGGAGAUUCGGCACGUCUUAGCCUCGACCUACUGCAACCCAAAGGGAAUCGGUGCUGAAGCGGCAGCCCUGGAUCGUGUCGUCAAGCAGCACGUCGGGCCCUACAACGAGAAGAUCAACAACGCUUGCGUCCCGGAUGGACUCAUUCGACUUUUCCCAGAGAACGGACUGCAGUUGAUGAUUGAAAGUGGAGCCAAGGGUUCUUCAGUUAACGCUAUCCAGAUUUCCUGUGCCCUCGGACAAAUCGAGCUCGAGGGAAAGCGUAUGGCUGUGACGACGGCGGGCAGAACACUCCCCUCUUUCAAAGCAUUCGACCCCACGCCACGUGCCGGCGGCUUCAUCGAUCAGCGUUUCCUUACGGGCAUCAACCCGCAGGAGCUCUUCUUCCACACGAUGGCUGGUCGUGAAGGUCUCAUCGAUACGGCCGUGAAGACAUCUCGUUCCGGUUAUCUGCAACGGUGUAUCAUCAAGCACCUGGAGGGAAUUCGGGUUCACUACGAUUCGACUUGCCGAGAUCACGAUGGUUCUGUCAUUCAGUUCCGUUAUGGCGAAGACGGUAUGGACGUCUGUGAGAGCACCUUCCUGGAUUCUGGUUCUCAGUUCAAAUUCCUUCAGCAAAAUCUGAAUGCUGUGGAAAAGUCGGUAAAAUCGGGCGACUACGAGUACGGCAAUUUGGACCUUCAUCUCUCGGAGGACCACCACGCCGAGGUCGAGGCUCAAAUCAAGAUGUUGGCCAGCCAGCCGAAGAGAACGCUAACCGGUUCGAAUGCCGGCUUCUACUCCUUCUCCGCCAUGUACCCGGGCGUCAAAAAGGCAGAUCUGGUCACGAAAUGGCUGUUGCUGGACACGUCGGAAAGAGAAGCCUUCCGUCGCAACCACACCGUGAAGCAACUUGACCCGGUCAAUGAGGCUCUAAACCCGGCGCGCACCCUGGGAGCGCUUCCGGAAAAGAUGUUGAACGGCAUCUCAAAGCAUUGCCGAGACAUGAAUGACAAGAUGGCUCGGAUCGAAGAAUUGAGGGCUGCGAGUCGUUCCCGUCUUUUUGGCGGGGAUGAAGAGCUGUUGCACUCGGAGAAGCUGCGUCGGACACUUUAUUGGAAAGGACUCAAGUCGAUGGCCCCUCCCGGCGAAAACGUGGGCCUUCUGGCCGCCCAGUCCAUUGGUGAACCCUCGACUCAGAUGACUCUGAACACCUUCCACUUUGCCGGUCGUGGUGAAAUGAACGUCACCCUCGGAAUCCCGCGGUUGAGGGAAAUUCUGAUGACCUCCGGCAAAAAUAUCGCCACACCGACGGCUGAGAUCCAUUUCCUACCCACCGUCACUUCCGGCGAUCUGGACAUGGUCCGGCGGGCGCUGGAUCGGCUCAAGUUGAAGCAGGUCAUCAAGUCGUUCAACUAUCAGGAACGCGUCAACUUUGUCCGAGGAAGCAGCUGGCGGCACUAUGUGCUACGAGUGGAUUUGCUCAAAAAAUCGAAACGAGAGAAGGAGGCGCAGCAUCUGGGCAACCGCAAGAUUCUGGCCAUGAUCGAAGCGUCGUCGAAGGGCAGGGUUCGACCCACCGACGACGAGAAGGUCGACAAGGACGAGGAGUGGAAAACCCGCGGCUUCAUCGAACGUCUCGUCGAAGAUAUCGUGGAUCGAAUGAAGGCCAUCAGCAAGCAAGAAAGACUGCAUAUUGACCGGGUCCGGCAGGGCAACUUCCAAAUCCUGACGACUGGCGGUGACGACGCGGCUGAUGACGCGGGGAAAAGUGGAAUGCAAGCACAGCUUGACGAGGGAGAGUCCAGCGAUGAGGAGGCUGCCGGGGGAAAUGAAGCCGAUGCUGAUGAGAAUCGAUUGCACGCUCGUCAUCGCGAUGAUGCUGCCGAAUAUGCAGGCGAGGAAGAGGAACGGGAUGCCGUUGCCGAAGAGGAGCAGGAAGAGCCGGCUCAAGAAUGGGAGGGCUACCCCACUUCUGCUGACGAGACCACCGACGAUGAGGCGCGGCCCCGGCCCCUCACCGAAACCCAAAAGGCCGACAGCGAACGACGGCGCAAUAACGUGCUCGGGCUCCAUAAGCGCGGCAUGAUCGUCGACUACAAAUUCGACGAGAAGCGCAACAAUUGGUUCGAGGUCACCCUCGAGCUGCCCUAUUCGUCGAGAUCGAAGAUCGACCUCACCUCGAUAGUUCAGACAGUAAUCGACGAAUUCAUCGUGCACGGCGUCAAAGACAUUGAGAAGUGCGUCUACGACGACGAGCGCAACGUGCUCAGCACCCAAGGAGUCAAUCGCGAGGCGCUUUUCGAGUUCGCGCACCUGUUCGACCUGAACUCGUUCUACUCCAACAACCUCAACUACAUGCUCAACACGUACGGGGUGGAAGCGUGCGCGCGAGCCAUUGUUAAGGAAAUGUCAGCCGUGUUCGGCGUGUACGGUAUUCGUCCCUCGAAGCGCCAUCUCACGCUCACCGCCGAUUAUAUGGUCUUCACCGGCGCGUUGCAGCCAUUCAAUCGCGGGGCCAUAAACUCGUCCGCCUCGCCGCUCCAAAAGAUGACCUUCGAGACGACGAUCGACUUCAUGCGCAAGGCCCUGAUUUCCGGCGAGGUCGACACGCUCAACUCGCCGUCAUCCCGCAUCGUCGUCGGCGCGCUGAACCGCGGCGGCACCGGCGCGUUCGACCUUUUCAUCAACCCGAACCAAGUGAACGACUACGUCCCCCUGGGUGUCGUCAGGCGUCGAAAGCCC